GGAUCAGACACCCGAUCAUUAUUCUUCAGGUUCAGAUAAAGCUGCCUGAACACUGGUGUCAGUAUCAGAGUCCAGCUGGUCAACAAGCUCAGACUGCAGGUCCUUAAAAUAAACUCAAGUAACCCAUCCCCCACCCUGUCCCCGUCCAGCCAGUGUCUUGUGGAGCCUCUGUGAGAGCCAGCAGAAUGACAGCAGACAGGCGAUGAAACACACUGAGUGGUCCUAAACGGAGGGGACGUUGGAUUUCUCUUUCACAACCCUUUAAAAGAGCUCCGUCAUGGCGGCAGCCAGCGUCUCUCGCUCUGGAUCAACAGCUCCCGUUCUGGCCUUCGAGGAUUAUUCCCUCUACGGUAACCUGAGUGAUGACGAGCUGCUGGCACUCGCCAUCGAGCGCAGUCUGACCGACGCCCACGCCGACACUGCUGCUACGCCUCCUUGCCAACCCCCCUGCAGCCGCCUGAUCCCUGCAGCCGGCCAACCUGGCCGCAGCUCCCACAAUCCACCUCCAGCCGAGACCACCGCACACUACAGUUCUCCAAACCCUCCGAGUGAAAUGCCUCCCGAUCCGAGGACCUUCGAUGGAACAAUCAGUCACUUCAUGACGGGUUCUGGGAAGAGGAUGGUGGCGUAUCGCAGACCUGACGGUGGUCUGGUCCACAUCGCUCCGGAGCCUAAAGAAGAGGAGGAGCCUCUGUUCAAAGCGAUCCAUGACGGUGAUCCGAGCAGAGUGAAAGCCCUGAUCAUGUGUCCGGGAACAAACCUGAUGCUGCCGAGUAAACCGGGCUGGCUCGCCGUUCACCAGGCGGCGUGGUACGACCAGGACGCCUGCCUGAAGGUCCUGCUGUCAGCUCAGCCCGGGAUGAUCAACAAGCGAACGGAGCGCGGUGAGACGCCGCUGAUGGUCGCCAUCAGCAAAGAGAGCAUGCGAUGCGUUCAGGUGCUGCUGGAAAGAGGAGCGGACCUCAACAUCACGAACUACGACCGGGAGACUCCGCUCUACAAAGCCUGCGAGAGGAGCAACGCUGCGAUGGUGGCGGCUUUGUUGAACCACGGUGCAGAGGUGAACACUCACUGUAUCCAAGGUUGGACCGCCCUGCAGGAAGCAGUGUGUCGAAACAAUGUGGAGAUUUGUGAGAUGCUGCUGAAGGCCGGGGCCAAACACAACCUCACCAACAUGUACGGCAUUGCACCGCUGUUCACCGCAGCUCAGAGCGGGCAGGUCGCCACGCUGCGCUUCCUGCUCAAACACGGUGCAGACAUUAACAGUCAGGCUGGAGAUGGAGCAACCGCUCUGUAUGAAGCUGCUAAAAAUGGACAUGAAGAAAUCGUGGAGCUUCUACUCUCUCAGAACGCUGACGCCAACAAACCUGGAAAGACCGGGUUAUUACCACUUCAUAUCGCUGCCCAGAGAGGAAGUGACACCACGGUCUCCAUGUUGAUCCCAGCCACCAGUAAGGCCAGAGUCCGGCGGACCGGCAUCAGCCCACUCCACCUUGCUGCUGAGCGUAAUCGUGACACUGUCCUGGAGACUCUGAUUGAGGCGGGCUUCGAUGUAAACGCUCAGCUGUCUGAAGAACGAUCAAAGCUGUACGAGGACCGCCGCAGCACACCGCUCUACUUUGCUGUCAUCAACAACAACAUCGAUGCGGUGCGCAUGCUCCUGGCAGCUGGUGCUGACCCAAACCUGGAUGUGUUCAGGCCGCUGAUGGUGGCAGCGAGGCUGGGCUGCAUCCAGACCGUGACCCUGCUGGUGGACCACGGAGCUGACAUCAACGCUUGCAUCCCCACACACCCCACCACCUUCCCUGCCAUCUACAUGUUCUCCAUGAAGUACCUGCCCAUGUUCAAGUACCUGCUGGACCAUGGAGGCCAUGCCCUGCCCUGCUUCGACUGUGUCUACGGCAGCCGAACCCAUCCACCCCUCAAAACCACCCACCCAGAGAGGGACAACCUCCGCUACACUGACAGACGCCUGUCAGACACGCAGCAAAUGAGUAGUGUUCAGUUCUGUGAGAUGAUAUCAGCCCCCAGCAUCUGUCGGUGGGCUGGGCCAAUCAUUGACAUCCUAUUGGACUACGUUGGUCACGUGACUCUCUGCUCCAGACUCAUGGAACACCUGGAUAGUUACUCCGGCUGGAGCGCCAUCAAGGACAAAGCAGCUCCUCCGCGGCCGCUGCUGCAGCUCUGCAGGCUGCAGAUCUUGCAGCUGGUUGGACAUCGACGUGUGAAGAAGUUACCGCUGCCUGGAGGUCUGAUCCGCUUCCUGAAACACCAGGAGGGGUCUGUGGAGGACUGCUGAACCCAACCUGAUCAUUCUGCAGUUCACAGAGGGGGUAUUGAUCAGUAUUGACAGCUGUCUGUUGCUGAGGCGGCAGACGGGAUGAAACAUGACUCUACAUCUUGUGUCUUCUUCUCUCUCCCGGCAUCAGUCUGUGUUGUUGUUGUCCGGUGAAUCCAGGAUCUUUAUAACCCAUCCCAGAGCUAAUGGAUAAAGCUCCUCCUAAACACCUUCUGAAUUUUACUUAAAACUUUUGGCUGAAAGUGAAUUUAAUGAGCUUUAUUAAUAUUAAACUAUACAUGUUUGAAAUGCAAUGAAUAGCAUGCAGUCUAAACAGCCCAGGAGCUGCCUGGAAACCACCUGGAACAUCAUAAGAACUGCUUCUCAGCCUGUUGGAAAGAUCCCAGCAGCCUGUUCCUGAACACCUGGCAGGACUCACCUGAGGCUUCAGCUGCUCAGCUCAUGUGAGCAGACAGCAGGAGGGACCUGACCCACUUCCUGGAACAUCUUGGUCCUCAUAAUAACACUUCUUGUUUCUUUCUUAGUGUAAGAAUUAAAUAGUAUAAUUGUGAAAGAAGUGAAUUGAAAUGAUUAGAAGCUUUCUUACUUCAGACCUUUUCCACUUUAUUCUCUUUGACAUGAGUUGUGACGCUGUGUUGGCUCCUUGUGGACGUUUUCUAGGAGUGUGUUGUGUUAUAUUCUGGUUCAUUACUGAUCUUUCAGUUAUUCUGUUAUUCACACGCUGCUCACUUCACUUGAACAAGUCUUCACCCUAAAAUGAAAUGAUUUCUGUUGCGAGGAGUCAGAGCAGUCCCCACAGUGUCUUUGGGAAAUGGACUGUUUAGUUCCUUUCUAGUCUUUUGACCGCUCAGUUUACACCUAAUGUCACACACACAUUCACCCGUUUACACACAUUCAUUCACCCGUUUACACACAUUCAUUCACCCGUUCGCACACAUUCAUUCACCCGUUCGCACACAUUCAUUCACCCUACAACAUUUUAUUAAUCAGAUCUGAAAGGUGAUGUUGCGUGUUUAUGUCUCAUUUUAAUUGACCCGUCUGACAGAUUAACUUUGAGCCUGUGGUCACUGCUCCUCUUUGAUUGAUUAAUGAUUUGAUCAUUAAUCAAACACGAUUGGUUACCUUCCACAUCAAAGAGAGAGAGAGAAAAAAAGAGAGUUCCUGUCAUAAUAAUAUCUGUCUUUAAACAGAUUCUAACUAAGAAAGAAAAUGAAGUGUGGUGUAUAACAUAUGUGCAUCUGGCCAUUACAGUUUAACAUAAUGCUCUGCAGCUGGUGAGAGGGACAGUGAACCCU